UAGUUUUUUGUUGCUAACUUGUUAGCUUUCCGCUCUGCUCAGUGUGACCUGCUGUGUCCUCCAACAUCUAGAGAUCUGACAGCCGGGCAGCUAAGGACAAGAACACCAGAAACCAUGGUUUUCGAGGAGAAGAUGAUCCUGAACGGAGAGCCCGAUGAUGAGGAGGAAGAAGAAGAGGAGGAGGAAGACCUGGUGGAUCCCCUCGAAUCGAUGCGACAGAAGUGUGAAGAGACGGAGCACUGCGUUCACACUCGGGAGCGUCUGGAGAAUUGUGAGACCCGAGUUGGCUCCCGGUCUGCGACGACAGAGGAGUGUACUGAGGAGCUGUUUGACUUCCUGCAUGCACGGGACCACUGUGUGUCACACAAACUGUUUCAUUCAGUCAAAUGAAGUCCUCCAUGACCGCUGCAGCUCUGGCUGAUGACAUUCUUCAAAUAUUGUACUAUGAGGAAAACAUGGUUUUAAAUGCAUCCAUAUGUGGAUCUGCUGUAUGUUGUAACUUUAAAUGUAUACUAUACUGUAUCUGCUUGUGUGAAGAAACCUAAAUAUUUAACAAGGUAACCUGAGUCAACAUUUCAUUAAAGUGGAUGGCUUGAAAACCUGA